CGCGCGCUGAAAAACGGACUCCGGCGGGCUGUGCGCUAAUGAAGAAAUAACCGGACUGGAAAAAUGAAAACCCUAUCUCUCUUCACAGUCAUUGCGUUGCUAUGGCAAUGCAGUCUAGCUCAGCAAAGGGGUUUGUUUCCGGCGGUGUUAAACCUGGCCUCGAUGGCAGACAUCACAUCGAACGCCACGUGCGGGCAGGAGGGGCCAGAGAUGUACUGCAAACUGGUGGAGCAUGUCCCGGGCCAGCCUGUCAGAAACCCACAAUGUCGUAUAUGUAACCACAGGAGUGACAGAGCCUUCGAGCGGCAUCCCAUUGAGUAUGCCAUUGAUGGGACAAACAGAUGGUGGCAGAGCCCCAGCAUCAAGAAUGGUAUGGACUACCAUUACGUAACCAUCACUCUGGACUUAAAGCAGGUGUUUCAGAUCGCCUAUAUGAUCUUGAAGGCGGCCAACUCCCCCCGUCCAGGCAACUGGAUAUUGGAGCGCUCGCUGGAUGGCGUCACCUUCACCCCGUGGCAGUACUACGCCAUCACGGACACCGAGUGCCUGACCCGCUACAACGUGUUGCCCCGCACGGGGCCCCCGUCUUACACGCGGGACGAGGAGGUCAUCUGCACGUCCUUCUACUCCCGGAUCCACCCGCUCGAGAACGGAGAAAUCCACACGUCCCUUAUCAACGGUCGUCCAAGUGCAGAUGACCCCUCCCCGGCCUUGCUCAACUUCACCUCGGCCCGUUACAUUCGGCUGCAGUUCCAGCGAAUCCGAACGCUCAAUGCUGACCUCAUGACCCUGGCUCAGAAUGACCCGCGGGAGGUGGACCGCAUAGUUACCAGACGUUAUUACUACUCCAUUAAGGACAUCUCCGUGGGGGGCAUGUGUAUCUGCUACGGCCAUGCCAAAGCCUGCCCUCUCAACAACCAGACCAAGAAAUUCAGCUGCGAGUGCGAGCACAACACGUGUGGCGAGAGCUGCGACCGCUGUUGCCCUGGAUACCACCAGCAGCCCUGGAUGGCAGGGACCUUCCUGACGCGCCAUGUCUGCGAGAAGUGUAACUGCCAUGGGAAGUCGGCGGAGUGCUACUUCAACCAGACGGUGGCGGAGAGAGGGCUGAGUCUGAACGUGCGGGGGGAGUACGAGGGCGGUGGCGUGUGCCUGGGCUGCUCUGGGAACACGGCCGGCAUCAACUGCCAGACCUGCGCCGAGGGAUACUACAGACCCGUCGGGGUGAAACCAGAAGUGGCGGACCCCUGCAGACCCUGCUCCUGUGAUCCUAUUGGCUCUCUGCACAGCACCUGCAUCCCUGAUGAGUUCCAGGUUGAGAGGGAGCUGACGGCUGGGUCCUGCCACUGCAAGCCUGGCUAUGGAGGUGAGAAGUGCCAACGCUGCGACUUUGGCUACACCGGCUACCCCCACUGCGUGCGCUGCAACUGCAGCCUGGAAGGCAGCACCAAUGAGGACCCCUGUCAGUCACCCUGCACGUGCAAGGAAAACGUGGAGGGAGAGAACUGUGACCGCUGCAAGCUGGGCUUCUACAAUCUCCAGGGCAACAAUCUCCACGGCUGUGAAAAAUGCUACUGCUCUGGUGUGGCCAGUGAAUGCUCCAGCUCCCAGUGGGCCUACAUCAAUGUGACUGACAUGUCUAGCUGGUUCUUGACUGAUCCAUCAGGAGAAGGAAAGUUGUGGCCAAACAGGGACUCAGCCCAGCAGUUGAGCAUCCGCAACCAAGAUGCCCGGAGGCACCUGUCCAGUACCUACUACUGGAGUGCACCUGAGCAUUACCUGGGCAACAAGCUUGCAGCAUACGGAGGCAGCCUGGUCUACAGCGUCUCCUAUGACACCCAGAGAAAAGAUAAGGUGGUGCGCAUCGUCACCGCCGCUGAUGUCAUCAUAGAGGGUAAUGGGAUGAUUCUGAUGGACGGACCGUACGGUCAGGCGGUCUACCCGUACGCCAAGAGCACCAAGCGCCUGGCGCUGCGUCCAGAGAGCUUCCUGCACCGAGACACGCAGCAGCCUGUCAGUAAGAGGGACUUCAUGGCUGUGCUGGGCAGUCUGAGCAGACUGCUCCUCAGGGCCACCUACAGCGAUGAUGAGGGCGCCAUCUACAGACUGAGCUCGGUAUCUCUGGAGGAGGCCAGUGAAUCGGCUGUGGGGGAGGUGAGAGCCACUGCAGUGGAGACGUGCCGCUGCCCCCACGGCUACAGCGGAAACUCUUGCGAGCUUGACAGGGUAACGCACUUUGGUAAUGACAAGGGGUGUUUGUCUGGGUACCGAAGAGUUAAUGGCACUAUUUUUAAAGGCAGCUGUGAACCAUGUAUCUGCUCUGGCCAUGCGUCUGAAUGUGAUGUCCUCAGUGGAGUAUGUCUGGGUUGCCGUGACCACACGACAGGGCCUCAUUGUGACACGUGUGCCCCCGGUUACUACGGAGACGCUACCAAGGGAACGCCCAAUGAUUGCCAACCAUGCGCGUGUCCACUGUUGAUUCCCUCCAACAACUUCAGCCCAACGUGCCAGCUGGGCCGCGACGGGGAGUUGGUGUGUGACCAGUGCCCGCCAGGAUUCGCUGGACCUCGAUGCGACAGCUGUGCUAACGGCUACUUCGGGCAGCCCGGCGUGCCGGGGGGGUCGUGCCGGCCAUGCGAGUGUAACGAGAACCUGGACCUCUUGGCGCCCCGCAGCUGUGACCCCGUGAACGGAGCCUGCCUGAGGUGCCGGGAGGGCUACGGGGGCGCGACCUGCGAGACCUGCGCCAACGGAUUCUACGGAGACGCCAUCGAUCUUAAAAACUGCCAGCCUUGUCAGUGCCACCCUAAUGCCUCGCGGUCGGAGGUGUGUGAUAAGGAGACAGGCCAGUGCCAGUGCAAGCAGCAUGUGGUGGGACGGAAGUGUGAUGAGUGCAUGCCCAACUACUGGUGGAACACGGAGCAGCGUCAGUGCCGUGCGUGCGGUUGCAGUCGGCGGGGCUCCAUGUCGCAGCGUUGCGACGCCGAGGGCCGCUGCAUCUGCCGGCCGGGCUUCGUGGGCCACCACUGCGACGUGGCGCGGCCGGCCGGUGCGUCCGAGCGGAGGAGGGAGACGCAGCGGCCCGUGCUGCAGGUGCCCAUCCAGCAGGUGGAGCGCUGGGGCUCGAGCGCAAGCCGUGGAGGCUGCCCCAGAGGAGCGUACCGCCCCGCGUCGCCGGAGACCCAUCCUGACUCUGCCCGUGGCUGCGUGCCUUGCCACUGCAACUCCUUCGGCUCCAAGUCAUUUGACUGCGACGAGAACGGUCAGUGCCGUUGUCAGCCUGGCGUGACCGGCCAGAAGUGUGACCGCUGCAAGCCAGGCCACUUCAACUUCCAGGAGGGCGGCUGCACACCAUGCGAGUGUUCCCAUGUGGGAAAUAACUGUGAUGCCAACACGGGCCAGUGUAUCUGCCCCCCCAACACUGUGGGCGAGAGGUGCGACAAGUGCGCCCCCAACCACUGGGGUCACGACAUCCAGACCGGCUGUAAGGCGUGCGUGUGCAACGUGGUGGGCUCCAUGAGCCAGCAGUGCAACAUCAACACGGGCUGCUGCCAGUGCCGCGACCAGUUCACCGGCAUCAAGUGCAACGAGUGCAAACCGGGUCACCGCGACUUCCCACAAUGCAUCGCCUGCGAGUGCGACCCGGCCGGCUCCUCGGCCGACACCUGCGACGCCGAGCACGGCGCGUGCGCCUGCGCUGACCGCACGGGACAAUGCUCCUGCAAGGCUAACGUUGAGGGGCUGAACUGUGAUCAGUGUCGGGCAGGCACCUUUGGGCUGAGCCUCAGUAACCCACUGGGCUGCAGUCAGUGCUACUGCUUUGGCUUGAGCAGCAGCUGUGCUGAAGCACAAGGGCUUAUCCGCAUGUGGCUGACCCUGAUGCCAGAGCAGACCGUGCUGCCACUUGUGGAUAAGUCCAACCAGCAGGACACCACCCAUGGCGUGUCCUUCCAGCACCCCGAGAUCCUCGCCAACGCCGACCUGGUCACCCAGAGGCUGAGCGAGCCCUACUACUGGAGACUGCCUAAGCAGUUCCAGGGCUCUAUGAUCACAGCCUACGGUGGGAAGCUGAAGUACGCCAUCUACUUCGAGGCGCGCGACGAAACGGGCAGCACUUCCUACGAGCCGCAGGUGCUCAUCCAGGGCGGGCCCAACAGGGACAAGGUGAUGGUCCGCCACCUACCGGGCCUCCAGAUUGGCCAGCUGACCCGUCACGAGAUUGACAUGACAGAGCAUGAGUGGAAGCAUGCGGACAACAGGCCGAUGACCCGUGAGGACUUCAUGGACGUGCUGUUUUACGUGGACUACGUCCUCAUCAAGGCCUCCCACGGCAACAUGAUGCGACACAGCAGGAUCUCGGAGAUCUCUAUGGAGGUGGCCGAGCAGGGCAGACCGUCCCCCUUGAGCCCCCGCGCCCAUCAGAUCGAGAAGUGCGACUGUCCCCCCGGUUACUCAGGCCUGUCCUGUGAGGAGUGCGCUGCCGGGUUCUAUCGCCUGUCUGUGCGCACCGGGGGCCCGGCGUCCAGGGCUGGCAUCGGCAGCUGCAUGAAGUGCCAGUGCAACGGGCACAGCGACACCUGCGACCCCGACACCUCCGUCUGCCAGAGUUGUCAACACAACACGGAAGGGGACAAGUGUGAGCGCUGUGCCCAGGGCUACUACGGGGUGGUGCGCGGCUUCACCAACGACUGCAAGCCCUGUGGCUGCCCUCUCACUAAUCCGGAAAACAACUUCAGCCCCACGUGUGUGACAGAGGGCAUCAAUGACUACCGCUGCACCGCCUGCCCCGAGGGCUACGAGGGCAAGUACUGCGAGAGGUGUGCCACCGGUUUCCAUGGCGACCCGCGGGCGCCGGGCGGGCGCUGCGAGGAGUGUAAGUGUGAUGCCUGGGGGGCGCUGCCGCACCCCUGCCACCCCCUGACGGGCCAGUGCCAGUGUCGCCCGGGGUCCAGCGGCCUCAAGUGUGACCAGUGCAUGGAGAGGCAUGUGUGUGGGCCUGAUGGGAUCGUGUCCUGUGAUGACGACUGCGCCGGUCUUCUCAUCAGUGACAUGGACAAGCUCCUGCGUCUCAUCAACAAUGUCAAUCUGACCACUCCUCUGCCUCCGCCCUACAAAGUGCUCUACCGCUUCGAGAACAUGACCGAAGAGCUCAAACACAUGCUCUCGCCACAGAGGGCGCCAGAGAGGCUGCUGCAGCUGGCCGACAGCAACCUAGGAAGCCUGGUGACCGAGAUGGACGAGCUGAGGAGCAGGGCCACUAAAGUGUCCGCUGAUGGGGAGCAGACGGACGCAGACGCCGAGAGCACCCACAAGAGAGCGAAGGACCUCGAGCAGUUCAUCAAAGAUACGCUGCUGGCCGCCGAAGCCCUGCGAGAUAAAGCUCAAGACCUGAAUGCCACCCUGGGCCGUCGCGAUGGCGCCCCCGAGAAGAGCCUGAACGAGAUGCAGCGUGAGAUCGAGGCCAUGCUGGCUGAGAUGCGCAAGCGCCAGCUCUCCGGCAAGAAGGUGAUCGCCGAGGACGAGCUCGGUGCUGCUGAGGCCCUCUACCAGAAGGUCAAGCGUCUCUUCGGGGACCCCCACCAGGCCACCGAGGACCUGAAAGCCGAGGUGACGGGCAAGAUGGACGACCACCACCACAAGCUCAACGACACCCAGGAGCUGCUCAAGGAGGCCCAGGACAAGAUCAAGGAGGCCGGAGGGCUCUCUGACGCCAACCAGCGCAAACUGGACGCCCUGCAGCGUAAGAACAAGGCUGCUCUGGCCGGAAAGAAGGCCACAGAGGCCGUGCUGGAGGAGGGCGAACGCCUGCUGGACGAGGCCAACCUGCUCUCUGACAACCUCAACCAGGAGAUUGAGGACCUGGACUCUAUGAGCCGUGAGCUGACCCCGCUGCAUGACCAGCUGGACUACCGGGUGGGGCGCCUGACCAGCGGCCUGAGUGAUAACACGCUGCCCGAUCUGCUGCUGAGGGCCGAGGGGCACGCCGCCCAGCUCAACGAGUCGGCCGCCAUACUGGACGGCAUCCUGGCCGACGCCAAGAACCUUUCCUUCAACGCCACCGCGGCCUUUAACGCCUACAGCAACAUCAAAGACUUCAUCGAGGAAGCAGAUAAGGUCGCCAAAGAAGCCAAGGCCCGGGGAACAGAAGCUGUGCAACUGUCCACUGGACCAGAUGGCCCGGUGAAGGAGCAGGCCCGAUUCUCGGUGCAGAAGAGCCACCGCUUACUGGACGAGGCUAAGAAGCUGGAGAACGAUGUGAAAGAGAACGGAGAGACCUUGGAGAAUCUGAAGGGCAGGAUGAAGGCAACGGGCCUGAAGAACGCCGGUCUGAUGAAGGACCUCAACGACACCCUGGGAAUGCUGGCUACCAUCCCCAAUGACACAGCGGUGAAGAUCCAGGCCACCAAGGAGAAGGCGGGCGAGGCCAAUGAAACGGCCAAUGAUGUGCUGGCACGCCUCCGCGACAUGAACCUCAACCUGAUGGGCAUCCAGCGCAACUACAGCAAGCUGGCUGACGACGUGAGCAAGGCCAACAACAUGAUCCAGGACCCCGACAAAAACACGAUAAUCCAUGCAGCAGGGGCUAAAGUCCGGGAUCUGGAGAACGAGGCGGAUCGUCUGCUGGAGAAACUGAAGCCCAUGAAGGAGCUGCAGGACAACCUGAAGAAGAACAUCUCCCAGAUCAAAGAGCUCAUCAACCAGGCCCGCAAGCAAGCCAACUCUAUCAAAGUGUCCGUCUCUUCCGGAGGAGACUGCAUCCGUGCCUACCGGCCCGACAUUAAGAAGGGCGGCUACAACACCAUCGUCCUCAACGUCAAGACCACUACGGCCGACAAUCUGCUCUUCUACCUGGGCAGUGCCAAAUAUGUGGACUUCCUGGCCAUUGAGAUGCGUAAGGGCAAGGUCAACUUCCUGUGGGACGUGGGCUCAGGAGUGGGGCGCGUGGAAUACCCAGACCUGGCAAUCCACGACGGCAACUGGCACCGCAUCGAGGCCACACGGAGUGGCUUGAACGGCAGCAUCUCUGUGCACCCUCUGGAAGGGCCACGAGCGGGCAUCCUGCCCACCACCACCAGUGCCCUCUCUCCACAGACAUUCACCAUCCUGGACGUCGACCAGAAUGCCUAUCUGUUCGUGGGCGGGAUUUUGGGCACAGUGAAGAAAGCGGACGCAGUGAAAACCACCACCUUCAAUGGCUGCAUGGGAGAGGUGUACCUGGACAAGAAGCCCAUUGGCCUGUGGAACUACAGAGACAGGGAAGGAGACUGUAAAGGAUGCGCUGUGAGUCCCCAGCCAGCGGAUUCAGAGGGGACUGUUCAGUUUGACGGGGAGGGCUAUGCAGGAGUGAGUAAACCCACGCGCUGGAACCCCAACAUCUCCACUGUCAUGUUCAAGUUCCGCACGCUAUCCUCCAACGCACUGGUCAUGUACCUCGCCACCAAAGACAUGAAGGACUUUAUGAGUGUGGAGCUGGCCGACGGCCGUAUAAAGGUCAGCUACGAUCUGGGCUCAGGCACCGGCUCCGCCACUACCACCAGACGCUACAACGAUGGCAAAUGGAAGUCCUUCACCAUGUCCCGCACAAAGAACCAAGGCACAAUGACUGUAGUGGACGUGGAGAGUGGUGAGGAGGAGAGGGUGGGCGUGGCCUCCAGAGGCAGCAGCUCUGGACUCAACCUAAAGGACGAGCGGCUCUACUUUGGCGGCUUACCUGUCAUAGGCAAUUACAGUACCAAGUCAAGGCCUGAGGUCACCACAAAGAGAUAUGCUGGCUGCCUGAAAGACAUAGAAGUUUCCAGAACGCCAUACAAUUUACUGAGUAGCCCAGAUUACACUGGUCUAUCCAAGGGCUGUUCCAUAGAGAACCUGCACACGGUCAGUUUCCCCAAGCCGGGCUUCAUGGAGUUGCCACCGGCGCCGUUCAGCGUGGGCACUGAGAUCUCGCUCUCCUUCAGCACCCGCAGCGACUCGGGCAUCAUCCUCUACGGCAAGGGGGGCAUCCCGCUCUUCCAGACGCCCAGGAGGAGGCGCAGGCAGACAGGAGAGCCCUUCCUGCUGGUGCAGCUGAAUAAGGGAGACCUGGAGGUCCUGGUGUUCACAGGCAGACAGAUCCCACGCGAGAUCAUCCGCAAGCCCGACAAGGACAUCCUGCACGACGGACGCGAGCACUCGCUUCGCAUCGAGAGGGUCGGGGGGGCGUUUUCCGUGCUGGUGGACGAGGAUCAGAGGUUGGAGCACGUCCUGUCUAACGGCCAGCCUUUGAACAUAGAGCGUCUGUUCGUCGGCGGCCUGCCUCCGGAUGUGGAGGCCACCACCCAGCGGGCCAACCUGCCCUUCGAAGGCUGCAUCUGGAACCUGCUCAUCAACACUGUCCCGGUGGACUUCUCCCGACCAGUGGCCUUCGAGAACGCUGAGAUAGGGCAGUGUCCCAACCUGGCACCUCCCCCACCACCUGGCCCGCUACCUGAGGAAGAGGAGGAGGAGGAGGAGGAGGAAGAGAAGCCGGGGCCACCCACUGCAGCAGCACCCGUACAGCCACCUGUUGCACCAUCUACCAUCUCCUGUGCUGCCGAGGCGGCUCCGGGAGUGCUGGAGCUGGCCAAGCAGUUUGGCCUCGCCAGAAACAGCCACAUGGCCUUUGCAUUCGACGACACCAAGGUCAAGAACAGGCUGAUCAUCGAGUUUGACAUCCGCACGACGGCCGAGUCAGGCCUGGUGUUCUACAUGGCCCGCAUCAACCAUGCCGACUUUGCCACGGUGCAGCUGAAGGAGGGCCAAGCCCACCUGGGCUUCGACCUGGGCAGUGGCAACACGUCUGUCGGCGUGCCACGCACUAUCAGCGACGGCCAGUGGCACAAGAUCCGGGUAGUGAGACAGAAGCAACUGGGCAUCUUGACGGUGGAUGGCCGCUUCUCCAAGCAGACCAAGAGCCCCAAGAAGGCCGACAUCCUGGAUGUAGUGGGCAUGCUCUACAUCGGUGGUCUUCCAAUCAACUAUACUACCAAGAGGAUCGGCCCAGUGGUCUACAGUAUUGAUGCUUGCAUUAGAAACUUUAAAAUGCUUGGCACAGAAAUGGACCUUGAAAACCCUACAUCCAGUUAUCGUGUUGGCACUUGUUUUGCCAACCCCGAAAAGGGCACCUACUUUGAUGGCACAGGCUAUGCCAAAGCAGUGGCCACAUACAGAGUUGGUCACGAGGUGUCGGUGGAGCUAGAGUUCCGCACGUCUCGGAGUGAUGGAGUUCUCAUGGGCGUCAGUAGCCAGGUGCUCGAUGGAAUGGGCAUUGAGCUGCACAAUGGCAAGCUUCUCUUCAGUGCUGAUAACGGCCCGGGCAUCGUCACCGCCAUCUACGCACCCGAGGAGGAGGCGGGGCUCUGCGACGGCCAAUGGCACACUGUCUCUGCCCGCAAGCUGAAGCACCGUCUAGAGCUGGUGGUGGACGGCAACCAAGUGGAGGCGGCCAGCCCCAACACCGCUUCCACCUCCGCCGACACUAGCGACCCCAUCUACUUCGGCGGAUACCCAGUGGGACUGAAGCAGUUUGGACUCACCACUAGCGCGCCAUUUAAGGGCUGCAUACGCAACGCCAAGAUCAUCAAGGGUGGCAAGGUCCUGGACGUCCAGUUCAACAAGGCCCUGGAACUGCAAGGGGUCCAGCCACUCACUUGCCCUGCUGCUUAAAACCGACCAAACCUGACCCACUGAUCCAGGACCUAUCCUCUAGGCCAAGAUUUGGAAAAACAUCAAAAAUCAAAAUCAGCUGAAAACCAAAAAGAGACUAUGAAAGGCCACUCCUAGCUGGUUCAAAGCAAAGAGCACUGGUCCAGCAGAGUGUUUAUUAAUGCCCAACCAUGUGAUGAUAGUAAACCAAUACUGAGUCUUGAUUGUGGACCUUUUAAAAUAAACAAUACAAGGAUGUUGUGUUGCAUGUUUCUGCGGAAGGUUCUGGAUAAAUGUUUGUCAUCCUGUUUGUCAGCAGUUCAGUGUUCCCUGUAGCUUUGUUGCAUGGUGUGUUGAGACUCGCUGUAUGGUGUUUGUUGCAGUAUUUUCAAAUAUACUCCCCCCUGAAGGCACUUAAA